CCUCUUUAAAGUUUCAGCAACGGUUUUGAGUCAAUUCUUUGAUUGCCACGAUGAUCCAGCGUAUGAUGCGGACGAGGGACCAUUGGACGAAUUGCAGUUUACUUGGCUUGGAGCUCUGCAGUAUAUUCAUGUUAAAAACGGCACUCCACAUUACUUCAGAGUGCCGAGAGUGGUUCUAAUUAGCCGACAAUUCGUUUUGUCAACGUCAGUGGAUGCUGCCCAGAUACCGGACGGUUAUGCUUUAGGCAACGUAGUUUUCGGUGACUACGAGAGAGAUGAAGUAGAAUGUAAGACGUCGCUCCGAGACCUCGCGUCUGGGAAGGAGUGUGAACCAGCCGUUCUGCUGAUGCCGAUAGCUGAUGUGCUACUGCAUCCUGAGUAUAAGCAUUUUGGUGUGAAGAAUAGCAUAGCGCUACUGAAGUUACUGACGCCGGUUAAGUCGUAUUACAUGGUACCAGUGUGUCUGCCCUUCAAAAACUUCAUAGUGACCAGGGCCGGCAAGCAGACCACCGACAAGAUACUUCAUAUUGACUUCUCCAGUGAUGUACCCAGAGACUUUAUUGAAGAAGAAAAAGAAGUGACAAAUUUGAGAUUGCUUCCGAGAGAGCUAUGCUAUCUGUACGAUAGUCAGUUUAAACCGAUUAACUCAACUCAAAUUCGUAAAGACCGUAUGGCUUGUACCACCGGUUGCGGGUUCCAUUCCGGCUCCCCAAGCUUUGUUCACGAGCACACGGGUCACUGGUCCAUCGUCGCUUUGUCCCAAGGUGGCUCUCCAUGUCCAGAUCCACUACGUAUCCGCCGACCACCACCACCGCCACGGCAUACACUCAUACAUCCAUAUGUACCUUGGAUCACGGCCGCCAUCACUGGCAAAGCUGUUGGUGCUUUUGCUAAGGAUGACCCUUUUGGGUAUGUGAUGCCCCGUACGUCAAUUUAUGAUCUGAUCGCGCACACAUGGGUCGGCCACUGGUGGAUGGGCGGGUUGCGCUGUUACGACCGCGGCGACUCUGCUGACGACCUCUUCCGAUUCUAUCACGAGGUGUUUCAAGUUAAACCGUCUUCGUAUACGUUUCUGAAUUAUUAUCUUGAGAUAAACGCUGCUCAUGACACUAUGAUAAUCUGCGUAAAAGUGGGGAUGCCGUAUCGUCUCGGUCAGCCAAGAGUAUGGCAAUUGGAUACUACAGAAGUUAAGGUAUAUAUUAUAUAUCAUUAG